AUGUGCCAAGACGUCACUCGCGACUUCCUCAAGGCCUUGCCAAAAUGUGAGCACCACAUGCAUCUGGAAGGAGCUCUCACGCCGGCGGUUCUGUUCAAGCUGGCGGCGAAGAACAACAUCUCACUCCCAAGCGACGAUUCCGCCUUCACCUCAGCGGAAACAUUGCUACAACGAUAUGAACGCUUCAGCUCCCUGGACGACUUCCUACACUACUACUACAUCGGCAUGAGCGUCCUCAUCACGGCUUCAGACUUUGAAGCUCUAGCUUGGGAUUACUUCGAGCACGCGGCAGCCGAUGGAGUCGUUCACGCAGAGGUUUUCUUCGAUCCACAAGCGCAUCUGUCGAGGAAUGUGUCGUACGAGACCAUAUUGCAAGGAUUCAAUGCUGCUCGGGUGCGUGCACAGCGAGAGUUUGACAUAUCGAGUGAAUUGAUCUGCUGCUUCAUGCGCCAUCUCCCGGCACCUGACUGCGAGGCUACGUUCAAGCUUGAGGAUGUUCAGGCCAGUUAUAAGCGAGGUGAUGUGGUUGGCAUCGGCCUCGAUUCGAGUGAGAACAAUUUCCCUCCCGAGCUCUUCAAGUCACUAUACGCCGGCGCCAAAUCGCUAGGACUCAGACGGACAGCACACGCCGGCGAAGAAGGACCGUCCAAGUAUAUCGAGGACUCCUUGGACCUCCUGGACGUAGAGCGAAUCGACCAUGGCAUUCGAAUAGCAGAAGAUCCUAAACUCAUGGAACGUGUCGCAAAGCAAGGCACGCUGUUGUCCGUCUGCCCCAUCAGCAACGUCUUGUUGCAGUGUCUCACGAGUGUCGCCGAGGUGCCCAUCAGGAAGUUCAUAGACGCUGGAAUCCGGUUCUCGAUCAACAGCGAUGAUCCAGCAUAUUUUGGCAACAACUACAUCCUGGACAACUACAUUGCUGUACAGAAUGCCUUCUCCCUCAGCCAUAGUGAAUGGAGAACUGUUUGCGAGAACAGCAUACGAGGCAGCUGGUGCAGCGAGACGAGAAAGGAAGAGAUGCUGGCUCAGCUGAAAAGCGUCGUCGACAACGCAUAG